ACUUAAACCCUAACCUAACCUAAUCUAAUGUAAUUUAAUCUUUAAACUAACCUCAAACCUCACGUCAUUUAAAGACGCGCUUUUACGUGUUUCGCAAAAACUUUGUAAUUUUGUCGCGUAGCGUGAGAAAGCAUGUUGUGCGUUACAAGAUAUGAAAUGUCAUGCUACAAGAGUCGUCCGUUGAGAUAAAUCACACGGUUGAGAUCAACAUCACACUAGAAGCCAUUUUUGUGCGGCAUUGUUGUAUAUGUUUCCUCCGUGUUUCAUUGGCAAGGUGUAAUUAGGUGACCGACUGAUUGCAAACAGAGGAACGAGAGAAACAUUAUUUUUACGUCGUCGCUACGAUGUUGUAUCCGCUGUGAUUCUGAACAACCGAGUCGAACUUCGCAGAGAUUAUCGUAGGGACGAUGUUUUGCUGUCUGAGAAACUGUUUUGAUGGCCUCGGCUUCGGCGCGACUCAAGCACCAAAGCGGGAACAAAACCUCAUCGCCUUGGACACGACUCACAUGGGGAAUGAGGUAGUCAUAGUAAAAAAUGGUCUAAGGAUAUGCGGAAGCGGUGGUGCCUUAACGAACGCCCCUCUUGUUCAGAGUAAAAGUUACUUUGAAGUUAAGAUACAGCAGGGUGGUAUUUGGGGUAUCGGACUAGCCAGGAGAGACUCGGAUCUCAAUGUCGCUGUGGGUGGAAAGGAUUCGGAAAGUUGGGCGCUCAAUUCGGACAGUAUUAUAAGGCACAACGACCAAGAAGUUCACAAAAUUCAAACUCCCGUACAAGAAGGAGAUAUCAUUGGAGUAUCUUACGAUCACGUAGAAUUGAAUUUCUAUUUGAAUGGGAAAUCCACGAACGCUCCAGUUAUGGGAAUAAAAGGACGAGUGUAUCCAGUAUUAUAUGUGGACGACGGAGCUAUCUUAGAUAUAAUUUUGGAAAACUUCGUUUACGCGCCGCCAAUGGGCUUCGAGAAAAUAAUGUUAGAACAGUCGUUACUUUAGCAGAGUGUUGUAAAAACGAGAACAAGGCGCUUUACGUUUAUGACUGGAUGACAUGAGAUAUUUAUAAUGGUAACCCAUCGUGUUUUAUUGCACUUGUACAGCUUCCGUGUUGAGCGUGUUGUGAUGACUGAUAUUUAAUCUAGAGAGACAACGAUCACCUCAUCCGAUGAUGCAUUGUAUUGCCGGUUGAUUUAACUAUAUAGGCCAGUGAUAAAGUAAAUCCAUUUUACACGAAAUACAAUUAUUUACAAAUUUAAUUAUUUACGGGCAAGUUUUUUUUUUUUUUUUUUUAACAUUGCCUAGAAUGCGGAAAUAUAUUGUGAUUUGUGUUAUUAUUAAAUUUCUCAAAUGUAGGACCGUUAAUCUCUGUUUGGAAAUAACGUGCAGAUCAACGAUGGAAAAUGGUUGAUUUCACUCUUCACUUUCGAACAUUCUUUGUUGGGUGAGAAUUUAUACGUGUAUGUCGCUUCACAUGUGCAGCUGUUCAUAGUUUAGUUUUUAGCAUGUACUUUAACAUUCAAAUUACAAAAAUGUCUUAUUCAAAUCUUGCAAAUUUGUUUUUUUUUUUUUUCAUGUACAAUGCGGCAA